CCAAUCCUCCUCUGCUCUCAGAGUGGAGACAGGAGGAGAUAAGGGGCUGGCAAAAUCCUUGUAACCUCAGAAAGCAGAAUCUGAACAGCACAUCUUUGCAGAGUACAUUGACCCUGUGCUAAGGCUGGAUACACAGGAUGGAACCCAACAGUCCUAGAAAGAUCCAGUUCACUGUCCCAUUCCUGGAACCACAUCUGGACCCAGAGGCAGCAGAGCAGAUUCGAAGACGAAGACCAACUCCUGCAACAUUGGUCCUCAGCGGUGACCAAUCAUCUCCAGAAAUUGAUGAAGAAAGGUCCCCAAACCCUUUACAAACGUCGACAUUAUCUAUGUCCCCACAUCAGAGGAAAAAAGUGUCACGUACAACACCUACAAUGAAAGAACUGCAGCUGUUAGCAGAGCAUCACCUGUGUAAACAAAGCUCGGAAGAUGAAAGUACCCCACAGAGCCAGAACAGCGUGGAUAACAGGCCCAAAUUGGGGUGUUGUUGCCAUGGUAACACAGCUCCAAUUCAAGCGUCUCAGCAGAUGAGCUCAUGUCGCUGUUUUAUGCAGGAUGGACAACAGGAGAAUAACUCACCAGGGAGACAGCAGGAUAAUCAGCCAAACUCUUCAGAAGGAAUAUCCGCAAGACAAACAAAUUCAGACAUCAAGGAAUCAAGAGAGAAAAAGCACAGUGGCCACAUAACCAUUGUAGAAGACAAAUAGGUCCCAAAACAAAAGGCAAUUA